AUAACUUUCAUUUCCAACCCCUUUAUUUUCCAUUAAUUAACUAUCAUUCCAUUUCUAAUGGGUGAGAAAGACGAUACCAAGAAAGAAGCAGCAGGUGAUAAGAAGCCAGAGAAUGCGAAAAAGCCCGAUGCUGGUCCUAUAACCGUUGUUCUUAAAAUCGACAUUCAUUGUGACGGAUGUGCUAAAAAAAUCAAAAAAUCCAUCGACAAAUUUGAAGGUGUAGAAAGUGUUAAGGCAGAUACCGCCGGCAACAAAUUAACGGUGACUGGGAAAGUGGAUCCCACGCGCAUCAAGGAGCGAUUGGAGUACAAAACUAAAAAGAAGGUGGAUAUCAUUUCUCCACAGCCCAAAAAAGAAGGCGGUGGCGGUGGCGGUGAAGAGAAAAAAAAGGAUAACCCACCACCGGAGAAAAAGGGCGCCGAUGAGAAAAAGCCACCCAAAGAGGCACAAUCAAGUACGGUGGUUCUCAAGAUUCCCUUGCAUUGUGAUGGAUGUAUACACAAGAUUAAACGUCUCAUUUCAAAGAUAGAUGGAGUUGAAGCUGUGGUGCCGGAUAGUAGCAAGGAUUUGGUAAUGGUUAAAGGGACAAUGAAUGUGAAAGAACUUGUACCACACUUAAAAGAAAAAGUGAAAAGAAAGAUUGAUAUUGUCCCUCCUAAAAAAGAUGAUGAGAAAGGUGGUGAUAAGAAAGAUGACAAAAAAGAAAAGGCCGAGGGAGGCGACGAUAAGAAAGACAAGGCCGGGGAUGAUAAGAAAGAAAAAGCAGUUGGUGGUGGUGGCGGCGGUGGUGAUGUGAAGGCGCUUAGUGGAGGCGAAGAAAAAGGCAAAGGAAUCGAAGUUGUAAACAAGCUUGAGUAUCAAGGACACAUUCCAUACACGCAUACGAUGCAAAUGUACAAUAAUCAAAAUUAUUACAAUCAAAAUUAUCACAAUCAAGAUUAUGGCGUUUCGGCCUCUUCUAGCAAUGGAUAUGUAUACGAAGGUUAUAAUCAUGCAUAUCCCGUGGGAUACUCACAUUCACCUCCAUUGCCGCCGCCACCUAUGUAUCUUCACGACCCUCAUGGAUAUCAACCUGGUACGGGAAUGUUUAGUGACGAAAAUCCUAAUGCUUGUUCGGUUAUGUAAAUAAAAUUACUAUGAAUGUUUAAGAAAAAAAAAUGUAUAAAGAAGUAGACGGAUUGGUAUAAAAAAUGAGAUAGGUUGUGCUUAGGUUAUAUAAACCAACUAUAAACUGUCAGUUUGGUGACGGGUACGGUUUUGUAUUAUUAUUUGACCUUUUGUAAUUGAAAAGUAUGGUUAGAUUAUAGAUAAUUCAAUUUUGUGACCAAUAAUGUAACAUCAUCUCAAAAUAAUGAAUGAGAAAUGGUCCAUCGUAUUAAAUAAUAUA